AUGGCGCAGUGGGGGGCUGGCUUCCAAUACCCUCUCCAAACCGGCUAUAACAACCCUCAAUUCCAGCAGCAGAACCCACAAUUCCAGCAGCAAAACCCCCAAUUCCAACAACAACAACCCCAACAACAAUUUCAGCAGCAAACCCCUCAAUUCCAGCCGCAGCAGCAGCAGGCAGGAGGAUUUGGAGCCCCAUCGGCCGCCCUCCUCCCUCAGCAGACUGGGUAUCCUGUUCAGCGACAACAGUUCCUCCAACAGCCACCUCAGAUUGGGUUUCAACAACCCCAACAGACAGGUUUUGCUCCACAGAGUUUGUUACAGCAGCAGCCGACCGGUUUCGUCGGACCCGGAGUUGGGGGUUCCUUUCAGCAGCAAACUAGAGCUGCUCCCCCUCCUCCUCCCCCGGUCCCUGCUCUACCACCACAGUUCCAGCGGCCUAACAAUGGUAGCGCGUUUCUCAUCCCGCAGAACCAGCAACAGCAGCAGCCACCCUCAAGCGGGUUCCUGAGCCCCUCCCCAGCGUUGGGCGGUAUGGGCAUGGGAAUAGCUUCCCAGCCGACAGGCUACGCGCCCCGCGCAGCACCCCUCGUCCCACAGAUGACGGGUACUCCCUUUGGCGGCCAGCUCGCUCCUCCCCCACAGCAAAACCUCGUUCAAUCGAUUCAGCAGCACAACGAGGCGGCACGGGGGACCGCGAGGCAGACUAUGUCUUGGGCUCUUACGAAAGCUGAAAAGAAGAACUAUAAUGAUAUUUUUAGGAAUUGGGAUGCGCAGAAUAGCGGGUUUAUCAGUGGACCGACGGCCCUUGAGGUGUUUGGGGCUAGUGGGUUGCCCAAGGAUGAUUUGGCGAGGAUUUGGACGUUGGCUGAUAUAGACGAUCGUGGAAAAUUGAACAUGCAAGAAUUUCAUGUGGCCAUGGGUCUCAUCUAUCGCAGACUUAACGGCAUGCCAAUCCCAGACCAACUCCCGCCAGAGCUCAUCCCACCCUCCGCGCGGGACCUCGACGAAUCCGUCGAAGCCAUGAAAUCCCUCCUACAAUAUGAGAACCGUUCCCGCUCCCCAUCCUCCGUCGACAGCCCCAUCUCGCGCUUAAAAAACCGGUCCUUCAAUACUACGGGCUCAGCCAUCGAUUCCGGAAGAGACGCUACGAUUUACAAGCACAGUGAUUCUGAGCCCCCCGGUGGUUUUUACAAGCCUCGUUCGAGGCAUGUUGAUCGAGAUGCUGUAAGAAGGACAGACGACGUUAGCCCUUCGUCUGAUUUGAGCGAUAUGAAGCGUCAGCUUGCUAGCACUGCGCAGAUGCUUGACAGAGCAUCAGAAGCUACCGCUGAAGAUGAGGAACUAGAUCGGGAGAUGGAUGAUCUAAAGUACCGUGUUAAAAGGGUGCAAGACGACAUUGACUAUGUCUCUCGUGGGCCAAAAAGUGUUUCGAAGGAUGAGGAGAGGAGGAAGUUGGAGAGGGAGUUGUUGAGUCUUAUGCAUGAGCGUGUUCCGGAGGUUGAGAGGAAGAUUAAGGCGAGGGAUGAGAGGAAGGAGAGGGAGAAGAGGCAAUGGGCUAGGGAGAGGGAUAGGGCUAAUGAGCGGUUUGGGAGGUAUGAUGAUAAAGAACGCGAUAGGGAAUAUGGGACUUGGGAUCGUGAUAGGCCUUAUUCGAGGAAUGAGAGGGGGUAUGAGCGUGAUGAGCGGGAGGGGAGGGAAAGUCGGAAUAGGGAUCAAGAUCGAGAAGGACGGGAAAGUCGCAAUAGGGAUAGGGAUAGGGACAGGGAGUAUGAUCCUCGUGAAAGGGACUGGGAUCGAAGGGAUACGUAUGAUCGUCCGAGAUCUACUGCCCCACCUCGCUCUCCUCCCCCUCCUGCGUCUCCUUCAAGCACCCUAAGCGCGAACCCAACAGGCGCUCUUAAUCCUCCUCCUAAACCCACUCCGUCACCUGCCCCUCUGAAAAACAUGACCCCUGAAGAACGUAAAGCCUAUGCACGCGAACAAGCACAACAGCGUAUCGAAGCGAGGAAGCUUGCGCUUGGAGUUAUCACUCCUUCUUCUGGCGCUGUGGUGAUCGAUACGGCUGUGGAGGAUAGACUGCAGCAGGAUAAGAAGGAGGCGGAGGAGAAGGCGAGGAAGGCUGAGAAGGAACGGGAGGAGAGGGAGAGGGUUAGGAGGGAGAGGGUUGAGGGUGAGCGUGCUGCUAGGGAACCUGUUGUUACGAAGGUGAAGCCGACGCCUACGGUUAGUGCGGCUCCUCCUGUGCCUACGGCUAGGAGUGCUCCGUCUGUGACUACUGCGAGGGCUGCUCCGCCUGUGGCUACACCUAAAUCGCGUGCGCCUGCGCCUCCGCCUCCGAGGAAGCCACCUCCUAGACAGGCGCCUGUUGUGCCUAAAGUGGAUGUGGAAGAAGGAAGACGACGUGCUGCUGAGGAAGAAAGGGUUCGUGCUGUUGAACAAGAGAGGGUUCGUGCAGAACAAGAAAGGGUCCGUGCAGCUGAACAAGAGAGGGUCCGUGUCGAGCAAGAGAGGGUUCGUGCUGCUGAACAAGAACGGAUUCGUGUUGCUGAACAAGAAAGAACUCGUGCGGAAGAAGAGAGAGGUCGAGCAGAAGAGGAAAAGUUCCGUGCAAGGGAAGAAGCGUUGAGGAAACAGAGGGAGGAGAGGUCUGCAAGGAUGAGGCAGCUUGAGAAGGAGGAGGAGGAGCAGGAGAGGUUGGAGGAGGAGAGGUAUCGUGCUAGGGUUGAGGCGCUGAAGGCUAGGAGUUCUACGCCCAAGGUUGUUGAGCCGACUUCUCCUGUGAAGGUUGUGAAGGAGCCUGUGAAGCCUCAAGAGCCUGUAAAAGUGACUCCACCAGCUGUUAUUCCUCCUCAAGCUUCUGCGAACCCUGCGACUCCUAUUGAAAAGUCGACCAACCCCUUCAGCAGGUUGUUGAGCCAGGGAGCAUCUGCGCCUACCACUCCGGCCGUCACCACUCCAGCAGCAACAACGAACGGGAACACCAAUCCCUGGGCGGCAGCACGUCCUCAAACUGCCCCACCCCCUUCCUCCAAGAGCCCAGCCUACCAAACGGUUCCUGCGGCCAAUGAGGACGAUUGGGAUAUUAUAAAGGAAAAAGACGAGAGUGGUGAUGAUAGCAGUGAUGAUGAGUUGGCGCAAUCUAGGACUGCGCGAGCGAAUAUUGCGCAACAGUUGUUUGGGAGUAUGUUGCCGAGGCCGCAGUCUAGUGGGCCACCUGUUUCUUUGCCUUCUUCGCCUGCGCCUGGUGUGGGUUCGGGUGUAGCUCCGCCUCCGCCUCCUCCGCCGCCUGCUCCAGCAGCGAUGUUUGCGCCUCCGCCUGCAGUUGCUGCCGCUGUGACUCCUGCUGCACCUGGUGACGUUAGUGCGUUGAUGCAGUCUAUCCAAGGAGGGAUGAAGUUACGGCCUACGAAGACGGUUGAUAAAAGUGCACCACCCGUUUCAGGACGCGUUAUUGGUGAUACUGCGCCUCCUUUGCAUAUCAAUGUCAACGUCCCUCCUCCUCCUCCUACCUCACAGCCGAAUUAUCCGGACCGUGUGUCUUCGUUGCCACAGCCCACAUCCAUGAUGGACGAAGCACCCCCGAAGAUGAGCAAUAGGCAGUCGGUGGGGUGGUUCACUACCCGUGCUGCUGAUGCUGGUGUUUCGCCUGUUGAUCAGUUGCCCGCUACGGUGGAGGAGGAGGAGGAUGAUGAUAUUUAUGCUACGCCUCCAACGAUUCCUUCUAUCCAGGUUGAUGAACAUGUUUCGAAUGCGAAUGAGCCGGUGUCGGAGCUUAUGGCUGAUAUUGAUAAAUCUAUUGAGCAUCGAGCGAGGUCUUUGUAUGCUUAUGAGGGUGAUGGGCCUGAAGAUCUUUCGUUUGCGGAAAAUCUGGUUCUCAUUGUAAAUCCUUCCAAGAGUGGUAGUGAUUGGUGGUUUGGUAUCACUUUGAAAGAUGGAAGAUCGGGUCUUUUCCCGAAGACCUAUAUUGAGGUUGUCCAGCCAACCAAAGCCAAGGCUAUAUACGCAUACGAAACCAACAGCACGGACGAAUAUUCGUUUGACGAAGGCGACGAACUCGCAAUUGUAGACAAGAGUGACGCAGAGUGGUGGAAGACUGAACAUAAUGGAGUAGUGCUCAUUGUCCCGGCGGCGUACCUGGAGGAUGUUGAGGAUGCCUCAAAGGCUAUUACUGUUCAACCAUCGGAGAUCACAGUUCGACCUCCAGAAACAGUACACCCAACUGAACAAGACGAUGACGAUUCAGAUGGGGAGGAGGAAGUUGACGAUGAUUCUGAUUCUGACAGCUGUGACUCUGAGUACCUUUCAUUUGAUGACACUCACGAACAUCACCACCAUCACCAUCAUCAUCCAGAGACAGAUGAAGAGCGAAUUGCUCGAGAGCGGGAGAAACAACUCGUGCUCGAAGCAGCAGGGCUCAUCGUCAACCAAGACACAAGUGGGCCUCCUCCAAAGCUUGUCCGCGCAAAGUCGAAAUCGAAACGUCGACCUGCACCUGCUGUUCCUAUACGGAGUUUUUCCAUAUCGAAAGACCUGCCCCCAGUACCGGUGCUCGAAGAACCAGAACCAGAAGAGAUUGACCAUGCCACUCGCUUGGACGACGCUUUUGCGCGGUACGAGUCCUUCAGGGACGCACAGCUGAAUCAGAAUCGGCUCUCGGUCGUUUCGACGGAUUCGAGCAAUACGAUUUCGACGCUGGCUGCUUCUUCCCCGACAAGUCUUGCGUCGCCACCCGUGCUUUCACCUAGCCAUAGUCAGGGCAGGGAAAGUGAAGGGGGGCGGUAUUCUCAUUUUUUGCAUUUCUUGACUAGGAGUAAGACGCCUGAACAAGGGGAUAGGAAGUCGACUUUGGUUAUUUCGGCGCCUAUUAUGAGUACUAGCACUAGUGCUGCCUCUUUUGCGGACGAGCCUUCCAGGACAAAUAGUCCUUCGUUUGGAACGUCGUGGGCUAGCUUGGUCGACAAGACUGCUUUGGAGGGUAUCCCUCCUGGUCUUCUAUUCGAGCAUGUUGCCCCUCUUGUCAACAAAGGAAAUUACGGUCGUGUUUGCGAAUAUCGAGGACAUUCUUCUUACGAACACGGGAUUCGUGAGCUUACUGGAGGAACGCCAGAAGGAUUGCAGGCUGGCACUGCCAUCAAGGUUCUUCAGUCACUUAGGAAUUCGAACCCCGAGUUGGCUCAGCAUCUUCAACGUCUCAGAGAUGACCCGUCCGUUCGCAAUCUGGAUCUGUCUAGCUACCUCCUCGCACCCAUGCAACGAAUCACCCGAUACCCUCUUCUCAUCAAACAGAUUCAGCAUUACACUGAGGUCGGGGAAGAACUCGAAGCGAUCAAAUCGGCACGGGAUAUCUCAGAGAAACUGUUAGAUCACAUCAACGAAACAAUCCGAGAUCAAGAAGGCAGGGAGACGCUUAAGAAAAUAUCACAGUAUCUGUGGGUUGGCCAAGGCCGUUUAGAUCUUUCUGCUCCAACACGAUACAUGGGAGGGCGUAAACUCAUCAAGCAGGGGAUACUCUUGAAAACGAAGAGUGGCAGGAAAUUGCAGGCUUUCUUGUGCAGCGAUAUAUUGGUACUCACUGACGAAUCGGCGAGAACGUUGUAUAGGAUGCCCAUUCCACUGGCACAUGCCCAAGUGAUGGGGGAACCCAAAGAUGACUGCACCUUCAAAAUCACACAAGCUUACCCUCGAGGAGGUGACUCUAUCUCGCUGAAAGCUCUUUCUGCUCGGGACUGUCAACGUCAGUUUUCCACGUUUCUCAUGCAUCAAAAUGGAUUCAGGAGAUCGACACUAGCGGCCGACGAUGUCGACACGCAGAAGAGAGAGCUGCAAGGAAAGCCGCUCACCGGAGGCAAUAGAGGUUCCUGCUCUGGACCACAACCUUUCAAGACCCUGCCGUUCUGA